AGAAUCAAUUCAGCUGUUUUGAUUGUAAAUAAUUAGAGACUUUUUUCGUUUUACAUAUCAAUAAUUGAGAAAUAUAUAGAAAAUAUUUUUAAAAUGUCGAAAAUAUCAUUAAAAACAGCUCAAGAAAAGAUGCGUGAAAACAUUCCAGAUAAACAUAAUCCACAUGAAAUAUUGAAGUACAAUUUUAUGGAAAAAGAAGGUUUUGAAUUCACAUCAGUUAUUUCGACUACAAAGAUCUACUCACCCGAAUUUGACAAACAAAAACAGCAAAUUAUCGAUAGUGAUUGGGGAGGAUAUGCCUUGGAUUUAGAUUUAUGGGAGGACAACAAAUCGUCUAUGGUACAAAUAAGGCCACAUGAAGUAUCAUUGGACAACAAGGAAAGUUUCGGUUUUUUGUCUGACAGAUUGAUAGGCAUCGGCUCAUCCUUCCUAACGAGAUCACCCGAAAGCGGUCUCUAUAUUCUCAGUAAAUGUGUUCUGAAAAAUAGGGUAUUGUCGAAAAUUCCACAAUUAAAUUAAUACCCAACGAACAAAAAUGUUAAUACAAAUUUUAUCGAUAAAACGAGGA